CUUCCAUAUAAAACCUUGUCUCACUAAGGGAGUGAUUACCUCACUACUACCCCUUUUUUUAUUGGCGACAAAAGUUUAUCGAUUGCGCUUCUAGUCAGGAACGGAGGGACCCACUAUUACUUGCUCCGAUUUAGUCUAUCUAAAACCCGAGCUCAAGCCUAGUAAAUUCCCAAUCCGUAAUCAAGAACCGAGCCAUCCCCACGCCGCGGCUCGCGAAAUUACAUAUCAAAGCCGACCCUAGGCCGUAGGAAGAUCAACAAAUUUUUCCCUUUUAUUUGUUGCCAUCGCCCUCGCUUCUGCGGUUCUUCCUAAUUCUUGCGCGUCCAUUCUUUGCAUUCCGAUCGUUUUCAAGAUGGAUGUCGUGCUUGAAAUCGCAGAUACCUUCGCGGGAGACUACCUUUACUCCAAACUGCUUCCAUUACAGCCGGUUACUCCCCACGAUCUCCCAGAUGUCGGUGCCAACUCUACCCAGGCUCUGUCGUCAUGGCAGUUCAAGUCGGCGAACCCUUAUUUUCAAUUCGAACCCAGCCAAUAUGCAUACAUGAGCGCCUGGGAUAGAGAUAACCCGUAUCGCCAAAGUACUUCGCUAUUCCUCAUCACAUGGAUCUUUGGCUUCGUGCUAUACUUCCUGUUUUCGACACUUUCCUACAUCUUCAUCUUCGAUAAGAAGACAUUUAACCACCCCAAGUAUCUUAAGAACCAGGUACGGCUUGAGAUCAAACAGACCAUGAGGUCGAUGCCCAUCAUGUCGGCCCUGACCGUCCCCUUCUGGCUUCUCGACGUUCGUGGUCUCACCAAGCUAUACGACACUCCUGCCGACGGACCUGGUAUGUGGUACGAGAUCUUGCAGUACCCCUUUUUCAUCUUGUUCACCGACGCCUGCAUCUACUUGAUCCACCGUGGCCUACAUCACCCGUUGAUCUACAAGUACCUGCACAAGCCUCACCACAAGUGGAUCAUGCCUACUCCCUACGCUUCCUACGCUUUCCACCCCGUCGACGGCUGGUCGCAAUCGCUCCCGUACCACAUGUUCCCCUUGUUGUUCCCGUUGAACAAGUUUGCCUCUGUUGCCGCCUUCGUCUUCAUCAACUUCUGGACUAUCAUGAUCCACGACGGCGAGUACAUGGCCAACAGCCCCGUUAUCAAUGGUGCCGCCUGCCACACGAUGCAUCAUCUGUACUUCAACUACAACUAUGGCCAAUAUACCACCUUAUGGGAUAGGCUAGGCCAGAGCUACCGCAAGCCCGACCCCGACCUAUUCCAGAAGGAGAAGAAGAUGGGCGAGGCGCAAUGGAAAGCCCAGGUCAACGAGAUGGAAAAGAUCGUCAAGGAGGUCGAGGGCGAAGAUGACCGCAGCUACGACGCCGGAAAGGUCAAGAAGAAUAACUAGACACUUCGACUCUUGUCUAGAUGCGAUGCCUUGUUUUCGUCGAUGCGCAAGAACCAGUUGUCCAGAGAUAACUGGAAGGGACGCCUUGCCUUUUUGAUGUAAAAAGAACGAGCGUAAUGUUGUGCGAUACGGAGAUUUAAUUAGUGCUAGUGGCACAACAGAGUAUUGUAUAUAGUUGGCAGAAUGCUGGGCCUCUAAUAAUGUGACGGCGUUGGGGAUAUCCAGAAAAGAGGAUUCGGAAUGUAUUCUAUUCCGACUCAACUCGAAGCCGAGUUGCGAGCCUCGUAGAUGGAAAGAAGAGGCGACUCUUGUCCCGUCGUUACCUCGAUAAAAUAAUGGAUUGAUGGAUAUACUACAUACAUAUAUAAUGACCCAAAUAAACCUAAUGUUUUGUAUGACCGUUAUGGUGAGACUUCGAUGUAGCAUUGAAGGUUAUAUUCAUGAG